CCUGCAGCUUUGAGUGUUGCCAUCAUGGCCAUGCAGCAAUUAAUCCAAAAUGAGUAACAGCUGAGUUGAUCUGCCUCUUACCUCUUAGAGUUUUCAAAUUGUAGGUCUGUGCUUCCUGUUCCAACAGGUUAGUCACACAUUGAUUCACCGUUGGUGCUACUGAAAAGAGCUUAACAAUGAGCCGUACAGAUUGUUUCAGGCUGUUUGUGCUUUGUCUUUGGCUGCUGGUCGGUGAUGUAAAUUGUGAGAAUGCCCAGAAAGGUUAUGUCCGACGUGUCGAGGCAGGACCGGCCCCAAUGGGUGUCCAAAAUGACAACCAAGACUACAAGAGCAGUGAAGCACCUUUUUAUAGAAUCUCUGCGGAUGGCCGUUAUCCUUAUCCUGUUAUUCCUGAACCACAAAAUAGCCAAGCUGUUCCAAAAAGCCAAUUCAACGAUUUUAAAUCUGGCUCCAGCUCCACCUCAGUUGCACAAGGACAAAGUGCAGUUCAGGUUCCAUCCCAUAUCUAUCGAGCCAGAACUCAACCUGUUCAGGCACACCGAGCUCCUGUAGGCGUUGGACCCAACAACAGAAAGGCCCUCUUCUAUCCACACAGCAGUACAGCGAGUCCAAAUAUUCAAGCUAUCAAAUCUAGUCUGAAGUCUCAGAAGAUAUACGUAAACCCCUCUGGACCCAACAUACGUGCCCUACACCCACAGGAGUCACCCCUCACACCCAGGUCUGAGGUGGGUGGAUAUCGCCCUGCUUAUGUUUUCCCCAACGGCUUUAAUCGUGACAGAACAGACUUGUUGCAGAAAGUUUUAAAACCCAUAGACAAGAAGAUGGAGUCCAUUGUGAAGGGACAUUCUCCUGGUGGCAAUUCAGCCGGAAAGGUUGACACACGGAUGUCUUAUCCAAUAUGGAGUCCCAGGGUGUAUAGCAGUGACGGGAUGUCUCAAGCAAGAGGAUACGCCCACGUCCGCCAUCUCAAGCCUGGUUGUGACAAAACACGGCCCCAAGCUAGUUCUGCUGCAAGUAUGAAGUUCUGGGGAACAGAUUUUACAUCUGCGAAACAGAAUCAAGGAAGUUCUAGCCGUCAUUCAACAGGAAGCUUUGGUCAUGGCGUCCUAGCAUUGAAUGAAAGGCGGCUAAAUCUUAAUCACAAUUCCAGAGGAAGAGAGCCCGGAAGCUGGCAUUCUUCGCCAUCAGAUAGAGCACAAAUUCCUGUUCAAGGCAAAUUCAAACCUUUCCAAAGACUUCCUAUGAAUGAUCUCCCUGCUCAGACCAAUUCAUCAGACAGUGAAACAGCUCCCACUCAGACAACCCUCCCCCCUAGUUUGAACUGCACAGGUAUUACUACUUCAGUUAAUGGAACGUUUAGCACCAAGACUGCUUUACCCACGCAGACCGAGGGCCAAGAUCCAGAGCUUGUACCUCAAGCGUCAAACCCCGAGGACCAGACUGAAAGUUCAGCAGAAGUUGGAACUUCCUUAAAACAAAACAACACCACAGUUUCCCCUCCAAAGCUACAACCAGCAGAAAAAGAGACAAGCUGAGAAGGUUGUCUCAUAUCCUCCAGAAACAAAUCUGUCUAAAGUUUAACUCGACCUCUGAGAUGCUGCUUGGGUAAAUGUGAAUAUCGGUGGCAAGUUGGCAACAUCAGCAAGAGAUCACAAAGGUGGCAGAUUAUGAACCACUUAUCUGUAUUUGCAGCUGCAUCCGUGAAAUGCAAGAAUGUAAAAUACCAAAGUUAUCAAGGUUAAAGUGGUGAAAUAACUGUUGCAUUAUGGAUGAUGGGUGAUAUUUUUAACCUACUCUGAGCUCUGCUGCCUGUUCAGAAAGGGUUUGACUUUGAAUAAAUGUUUUUCUCUUCAAAGACUGGCUUUGCUUUAGUAAAUCCCAAAUCAGUCUGAUCUAGUGUGGAGUAUAUUUUUAAAUUUACCAUUGUAAUUUACGUUCACCUUUUUGA